AUGACGCCAAAGUCAGGACACCAGCGAAAUCGUUUCUUCCUCAGCAAUUGCGUUGUUUACUGCCAACUGAGCCAGAGAAGGGUGAGAGUGGGAUCAGACCGGGUAGCCGCGGUCCGGGUCUGUUUCAAGGACCCAGAGCUCCGCCGCGACGCGGCCCCUUUAAGAGGCGCGCCCAGCCCCAUCAAUCGCUCCACGGCCACCGCCCCCCGGUCCUCCCCUUCCUGCGGCGUUGAGUGCGGGCCCGGGCGGGAGUGCGGCGAGAGCUGGCCGGGCUGGUCGCAGCGCCUACCAGAAAGGCUGUGGGGCAGCGGGGCUGCGGGGAGGGGCGGGAACCGGAGGCGCCAGCCGCCCGCUCCCGCCGACGGCGCAGACCCGGCACCCGUCGAGGAGCCCGAGGCGCGGCCGGACGGAGAGGGGUCACCGGGGAAGGCACGGCCGCCCUCCGCCCGCAGGCCAGCGGCUGCUACGCCGGCGGAUAGAGACGACCGAGGGCCCCCCACCAGCGUGGCGGCACUCAGAUCCAACUUCGAGAAGAUCCGCAAGGGACCUCCCCAGCCCGGCUCUGGCGACCCUGAGAAGCCCUUCUACGUGAAUGUCGAGUUCCACCACGAGCGUGGCCUGGUGAAGGUCAACGACAAAGAGGUAUCCGACCGGAUCAGUUCUCUAGGCAGCCAGGCCAUGCAGAUGGAGCGCAAGAAGUCCCAGCAAAGCACUGGGCAGGGUCUGGGGGAAGCGCCCAGACCCCACUACCGCGGGCGCUCCUCGGAGAGCAGCUGUGGCCUCGACGGUGACUACGAGGAUGCGGAGUUAAAUCCCCGCUUCCUGAAGGACAACCUAAUCAAUGCCAACGGCGGCAACAGGCCCCCUUGGCCGCCCCUGGAGUACCAACCCUACCAGAGCAUCUACGUCGGAGGUAUGAUGGAAGGGGAGGGCAAGGGCCCGCUCCUGCGAAGCCAGAGCACUUCGGAGCAGGAGAAGCGCCUCACCUGGCCCCGCAGGUCCUACUCCCCCCGGAGUUUUGAGGACAGCGGAGGAGGUUAUACCCCGGAUUGCAGCUCCAAUGAGAACCUCACCUCCAGCGAGGAGGACUUUUCCUCUGGCCAGUCCAGCCGCGUGUCCCCAAGCCCCACCACCUACCGUAUGUUCCGGGACAAGAGCCGCUCACCCUCACAGAAUUCGCAGCAAUCCUUUGACAGCAGCAGCCCCCCGACGCCGCAGUGUCAGAAGCGGCACCGACAGUGUCAGGUUGUGGUGUCUGAGGCUACCAUCGUAGGUGUCCGCAAGACCGGGCAGAUCUGGCCCAAUGACGGGGACAGCACCUUCCAGGGGGAUGCAGAUUCCUCGUUCGGCACACCACCUGGGUACGGCUGUGCCGCAGACCAGGCCGAGGAGCAGCGCCGGCACCAGGAUGGGCUGCCCUACAUCGAUGAUUCACCUUCCUCCUCUCCACACCUCAGCAGCAAAGGCAGAGGCAGCCGCGACGCUCUGGCCUCAGGAGCCCUGGAGCCCAGCAAAGCGAGCGAGCUGGAUUUGGAAAAGGGCUUGGAGAUGAGAAAGUGGGUUCUCUCGGGAAUCCUGGCCAGCGAGGAAACGUACCUGAGCCACCUGGAGGCUCUGCUAUUGCCCAUGAAGCCUCUGAAAGCCGCUGCCACCACCUCGCAGCCGGUGCUGACCAGCCAACAGAUCGAGACCAUUUUCUUCAAAGUACCUGAGCUCUAUGAGAUCCACAAGGAGUUCUACGACGGUCUGUUCCCUCGCGUGCAGCAAUGGAGCCACCAACAGCGUGUGGGUGACCUCUUCCAGAAGCUGGCCAGCCAGCUGGGUGUGUACCGAGCCUUCGUGGAUAACUACGGAGUGGCCAUGGAAACGGCGGAGAAGUGCUGUCAGGCCAACAGUCAGUUUGCAGAAAUAUCUGAGAACCUGAGAGCCAGGAGCAACAGAGAUGCCAAGGACUCCACCACCAAGAACUCUUUGGAAAAUCUGCUCUACAAGCCUGUGGACCGGGUGACAAGGAGCACACUAGUCCUGCAUGACUUGCUAAAGCACACUCCGUCCAGCCAUCCUGACCAUUCCCUGCUGCAGGACGCCCUCCGCAUCUCACAGAACUUCCUGUCCAGCAUCAAUGAGGAGAUCACACCCCGGCGGCAGUCCAUGACUGUGAAGAAAGGAGAGCACCGGCAGCUGCUGAAGGACAGCUUCAUGGUGGAGCUGGUGGAGGGGGCCCGCAAGCUGCGCCACAUCUUCCUAUUCACCGACCUGCUCCUUUGCACCAAGCUGAAGAAGCAAAGUGGAGGCAAAACCCAGCAGUAUGACUGUAAAUGGUACAUUCCGCUCACGGACCUCAGCUUCCAGAUGCUGGAUGAACUGGAGGCCGUGCCCAACAUCCCUCUGGUGCCAGAUGAGGAACUGGAUGCCCUGAAGAUCAAAAUCUCCCAGAUCAAGAGCGACAUCCAACGGGAGAAGAGAGCAAACAAGGGCAGCAAAGUCAUGGAGAGGCUGAGGAAGAAGCUGUCUGAGCAAGAGUCACUGCUGCUCUUAAUGUCCCCCAGCAUGGCCUUCAGGGUACACAGUCGUAAUGGUAAGAGUUACACAUUCCUGAUCUCCUCCGACUAUGAGCGAGCCGAGUGGCGAGAGAGCAUCCGGGAGCAGCAGAAGAAAUGUUUCAAAAGUUUCUCUCUGACGUCGGUGGAGCUGCAAAUGCUGACCAACUCGUGUGUGAAACUUCAGACUGUUCAUCACAUUCCACUGACCAUCAACAAAGAGGAUGAUGAGUCUCCUGGGCUCUACGGCUUCCUGAAUGUCAUCGUCCACUCAGCCACCGGGUUUAAGCAGAGUUCAAAUCUAUACUGCACCCUGGAGGUGGACUCCUUCGGGUAUUUUGUGAACAAAGCGAAGACCCGCGUCUACAGGGACACCACUGAGCCAAACUGGAACGAGGAGUUCGAGAUAGAGCUGGAAGGCUCCCAGACCCUGCGGAUACUGUGCUAUGAAAAGUGUUACAACAAGAUGAAGAUCACCAAGGAGGAUGGCGAGAGCACAGACAAGCUCAUGGGGAAAGGUCAGCUCCAGUUGGACCCCCAAACUCUACAGGACAGAGACUGGCAACGGACUGUCAUCGACAUGAAUGGGAUCGAAGUGAAACUUUCCGUCAAGUUCACGAGUAGGGAGUUCAGCUUGAAGAGAAUGCCUUCCCGCAAACAGACUGGGGUCUUCGGGGUCAAGAUUGCGGUGGUCACGAAGAGAGAGAGGUCCAAGGUACCCUACAUUGUACGCCAGUGUGUGGAAGAGAUCGAACGCCGGGGCAUGGAGGAGGUGGGCAUCUACCGAGUGUCUGGAGUGGCCACAGACAUCCAGGCACUGAAGGCGGCCUUCGAUGUCAAUAAUAAGGAUGUAUCCGUGAUGAUGAGCGAGAUGGACGUGAAUGCCAUUGCCGGCACGCUGAAGCUUUACUUCCGCGAGCUGCCCGAGCCCCUCUUCACUGAUGAGUUCUACCCCAACUUCGCAGAGGGCAUCGCUCUUUCAGACCCUGUUGCAAAAGAAAGCUGCAUGCUCAACUUGCUGCUGUCCCUCCCAGAGGCCAACCUAGUGACCUUCCUUUUCCUUCUGGACCACUUGAAAAGGGUGGCUGAAAAGGAGCCAGUGAACAAGAUGUCCCUGCAUAACCUCGCCACAGUCUUUGGCCCCACGCUGCUUCGACCUUCUGAGAAGGAAAGCAAGCUUCCUGCGAACCCCAACCAGCCCAUCACCAUGACUGACAGCUGGUCCCUGGAGGUCAUGUCCCAGGUCCAAGUGUUGCUGUACUUCCUGCAGCUGGAGGCCAUCCCCGCCCCCGACAGCAAGAGACAGAGCAUCCUGUUCUCCACUGAAGUUUAAAGGCCUGGCAUCAGCCGUCUCUCUCAUUAAGAGGCCCGCAGAAUGACCUGGAAACCUGUGACAAGAGAAUCCAUCCCCGGAGUGGGAACGGGACUCUUCUUGUGGUGUAAUUUAACCAUUCCCAAGCUCUGGGCCAUCUGUCAAGAGACAAGUACCCAAAGCUCAAGGCCCAAGGGGGCCUAUACAAACCAUCCAGGUGUGUCUGCAAGUCCCAGGCUGGCCCCAGACUGUACUCUUCCCUUGUUGCCGCCAGAGGGCACCCCAGGCCAGCCCAUCCGCCAGCCUGCGUACAAGGGAAAGGUGGCGAAGAGAGUGGUUUUUACGAAUCUAAUUUAUCAUAAGAGUUUUAAGAGAAAAAAAAAAAAUCUCUACUGGAUCAUUUGUUCCGAUGCACCCUCUCUGGGGAAUAGGGACACCACCAGAUCCCUCACUCUUGUGUCUUGAAUAAACACUGCUGCUGCUUCAUAUUGUGGGGGCCACAGCCAUGUCCCUGUGUGGGUGGGGAUAUCUCCAUUUCCCUGACUUUGAGUUCCGCUGUCUGUGUACCAGGGCUUGAGACGCCGCCGAGCCAGCGCUGUAGCAUCUUGACUCCUUGCUGCUUGCUUUGUCUUCCUCCAAGGCUGUCUGUGCAGAAGUAGGUCAGGCUCCUGUUGGCUGACACUCUUGUUUUUGCUAGCUGUGCAGUUCUCAGGAGUAUGCUCCAUCGCAGCCCAGAAGUGUCCGGGGACCAGACACAGGGGGAAAGGAGGUCCUGGCCGUGCACCUUACACUUCCUUCUGCAGGGAGAGCGGCCGUGUCCACUGAUCCCCAUCGCCUACCUGGCACCUGUCUCCCUUUUGGCUGACAAAGGCUGUGACUUCUCUGGCCUGGCUCUGACUACUCUCUCUGUCCCACAUAAACACCACGUGAUCACAUCCUUUCCUUGCCCUCAACUGAGCAGACUCAGUUAACUUUUGUAGAGGUUUCUGCUCCGAAGCAGCAACUUGCUCUAGUGGCUUCUUUUAAAACUUUGAUCCGAAAUAGCUUUUGAUACUUGAAUAUUUUUAAGUUUUAUACAUAGUUUCUAAUUUUUUUCCUAAUGGAUUCAGACACCUGAUAUAAGAUACUAGAAUGUACACCGUGGACAGGCAGUGUCCCAUGCAGCAUUCUGUCUUCCUUCGAGAGCCAGCUUUCUUUUUGCUUGGAGUCAUUUCUGAUGUCUCUGGGACAUCGGAAACAUGGGAAGAAGGUAAAGAAAGUCAGACCUGGGGUGGGAGCAGACCCACCUUCCGAGAACAUCUGGGAAAAAUAAAUCCCGUAUUCGGGCGAGAGUUGGGAUAGUCUCUUCCUGACCACCCUAGAGAGUAAAAAGAGAAAGGAGACACCACCAAUUAUUUUCAAGGAAGAAAUCCACAAAUCCUUGCAUCAAUUUUAAAAAGGUCUUAGAAUCCUACACUUGGGAGGCUGGGGCAGAAUUGCCGUGAGUUCAAGACCAGCCGUUGGCAGCAUAGAGCUUAUUGGUCCAGCCAAGGCUCCAGUGCAGGGCUGUGGGACAGGGGUGUGGAGUAGACAGGGAGAGAAGAAAGACUGUAGACUUGAAUCCCAAGCUGCUCCUGCAGAAGGGCAUGACUUGGGGGUAUAGAUUGCUUGUCACAGAGGACUCUUGCACCUGGUCACAUACCCCACGGUCCCUCCCACGUGUGGAAGGUGGUGGGUAUGUCCACGUACAGCAUCUGCCAACUCCACAACCCAUGGGGAUUCCCAAGAGGCAGGGCCAUGUAUUCCCCUACCGUCUGCUCUUGAACCUGCCCAACGUAUUGGGCAGGAAACAAAAGGCCCUGCAGGGUCUCCAUCUGCAUACAGUAUUUGUUUAGUUGGCCUUUUUUUUUUUUCUCAGCAGAGCCACCCUUUGGUCUGCCCUUGAGCAUUUUUGAACCCAGUGGGCUCCUCUAGUCUGGCUGUCCAUCACAGUCCAUCUCAGUGGCGCUGACCACUGAGAUGGAACCCUGCUGAGAAAAGCCAAACCCAGCUGUUGAUUCUGCUCCCUCUGUUGUCUCUUGAUUUGCCUCUGUCACCUUGAACUGGAAAGCAAUAUAGCAACGUGCCAAUUUGCGUUCCCUCGGCCUCUCCUUCCUCCGUUGCUCUUUAUUUAUAGAGAUGUUGUUUGAUGAUGGAAUGGUCACUCUUGCAUUGUUCUAAAAGUGUUCCUCUGCCUUCAGGCCAUGAUGGCACUGGCUGGGGCUGUCUCUGUUAACCGUCUCACACCCUCCAGGCCUGUAGGCUGGCAAAGCCACGGUGGGGCAUGGAAAAGGCAUGGUGUUCUGCAGGAGCGGGAUAACCUGGCUUUCCGUCUGCAGAGAGAGUGAUGGCCCAGAGUCCAUCAUGACUGUCCACCAAGCAUGGCUGCCAGACUCUAAAGGAAGAAGUGCUACUUUCUUACCUUGGAACCUGGGUCCGGGGUACAGAGGGUGUGGCUUCAUGGUGAUAACCUGGCCUCCCCAGUGGGUGGAUGGUUUCUUAGCUGCAAUCUUGCUUUUGAGCUCAGCUGUCUGUACUACCCCUGUGCCGGAAGGACCCACGGACACUCUCAUUAAAGUCUCCUGA